CAUGGGCUUUAAUAGGGCUACAAGGCCUCCAACCCUACCUCUCUCUCAGCUAUCUAUUGAAGCGCACUCAACGUUCUCCAUUGAAGCGCAGUUCACGUUCUCCGUUGAAGCUAAUAAUUGUAUCCCCCAUUGUAGCAGCUUCUGAGGAUUGAUCUGUGAAAUUUGGAAAAGAAAAUAUGGUAGACGAAACUCAACAACCACCACAAUCAGUGGUGCAUAAGAGAAGGAAUAGUAAACCCAACAAACGUCCCGGUAUUAAAAGAAUGAAAUCUGGUCCAGGGAUGGGUAAGAAGGCUAAGAUUAGCAAGGAAAUGAAGAAUUUAUAUCGUAAAAGGGCUAGGAAUUACAAUUCAGAUGAUGAUGAUGAUGAGCGGGCAGCUGAAAUUGACGGUGAAGACAUGGAAGCUGAGAAAGAUGAUAAUUCUGAUAUCAGUGACAAUGAGGCAAGGCCUAACAGAGGUGAAGAUUCAGAUGAAGAACAUGAAGUUCGAACUGGGAUAACGAGGUUUUCUGAAGGUUGUAAUGCUUUUAGGCAGGCAUUUCUCAGUAUCAUUAAAAAGCAUACUGAUGAUGAGGCACUGGGUCCCGUAUUAUCAGCACAUAAGAAGCUUGUUGUGGCAAAGCUUGCAGAAGAGGUCACUGAGCGGAAGGUUAAAGGCGAAGCAAAGAAGGAAAAGCAAUUGAUUGAGGAGAAGGGACAUGUGAAGCCUGCUAAUUUCUUAGAUUCGCAUGAAAAAGUUCUGAUAGGUGUUGCCACGAAAGGAGUUGUCAAGCUAUUCAAUGCUGUUAAUAAGGCCCAAAAUGCUCAGAAAGGGUUGAAUCCUUCAAGCUUUAAAGACGCAAAGGCUUUGACGAAGCAGAGAAAAGAGGCAUUCAUGAAAGAAUUGAGCAAGGCUUCUGCACAAUCAGCUGAUGCAACAACUAAGGGAUCUUCUAAAGAUGGAGAAGACAAUUGCCAACCAGCAUGGGCACCAUUGCGUGACACUUACAUGUUGACAAAUUCUAAACUGAAGGACUGGGAUAAGAUGGCAGUGGAAGAGGAAAAGGACAUGGACAUCUGACCAAGAUAAUUGGGGCUCUUAACUUGGGUUAACUGAAGGAUGUAUGCUUGGUUGCAAAGCUUCUCAUCGUCAUUUGAACAAUUGUUUCAUCAGCAUUAUACCUGAAGGGGUCAGUGAUGCCUGUUUUGAAAUUUACGUUCAUAACUGGUUGCCUAAUCAAAAUCACCCUUUUUCCUGAAGAUGGCCCUCCUAUACAGACCAAAAUAGGCUGUAGCAAAAUUUUGAAGAUUUUCUGAGAUAAAAUUUACUCUCUUUAUGCAGUUGUAGCUAAUAGCUAUGUACAGCUCCUUUCUGCCCUUGCCUGGAUGUAUUCUUCUAUUAGUGUUUUUUAUUGGCUUCUAGAGUUCAUUAAUUUAAUUUCAAUUUUCUUUUGUAUCCAUUUCACGAACUAUAUAUUCCUGUAAUUUAUGGAAAUGCCUCUUUGACCUGAAAAUGUUGGAAUAGCUAAGUAUUCAUUGCUCCCUGACAUCAGAGAGAACGAGAACGACCGAAAGUUGAUUUUGAAAUUUUUUAGUAAUGUAUGAGUUUUAUUUGUUCUCCUGUUGUCAAUUAAACUGAGAAAGAUAUUACCGUUGUAAUUUUUUGAAAGUUGGUAAUAUUAAGUUUGACACUGA